UCAGCAGUACAUGUGCAGGGAGAGACUGCAAGGCAACCAGUCUCAGGCACGAUCCAAAGGCACACGCAGACGACCAAGCGGCCAGGCAGCACUGAACCGAUCUCCUUCACCACGCUCACCGCUAGAGAGGACCAUAUACCCUACCUACAGCUCUCACGUACACCACCAGAAACUUCUAGACAGCUGUAUUUGUUCACUCUCAAACUCAAUCGCACACACCCACUUUUCCAGAAGGAUUUACCUAACAACUUCCCUCUCCACGCUGAGCUAGCCCCCCCCCCCUCUUCCUAAGCCUCUCUUUGAGCCUCCAGAGCUACCAUGGAAACCCCAGGUCAGAAGCGUAGCGGCCGUCCGGGGGCCGUCUCCCCAGCCCGCAUCACGCGGCUGCAGGAGAAGGAGGACCUGUGCAACCUCAACGACCGCCUGGCCAUCUACAUCGACAAGGUGCGCUCGCUGGAGGCGGAGAACGCCGGGCUGCGGCUACGCAUCACCGAGUCUGAGACGGAGAUCAGCCGCGAGCUCACGGGCGUCAAGUCGGUCUAUGAGACCGAACUGGCUGACGCCCGCAAGACCCUGGACUCGGUGGCCAAGGAGCGGGCGCGCCUGCAGUUGGAGUUGAGCAAAGUCAGAGAGGAGUACAAGGAGCUCAAAGCCAGGAAUGGCAAGAAGGAGUCUGAGCUGGAAGCAGCUCUGGCCCGACUGAGGGACCUGGAGGCUCUGCUGAACUCCAAAGACGCUUCUCUGUCCACAGCCCUGGGGGAGAAGCGCUCUCUAGAAGUCGAAGUGAGGGACCUGAAGGCCCAGCUGGCCAAGUUGGAGAGCAGCCUGACCGAUGCCAAGAAGCAGCUGCAGGAUGAGAUGCUCAGGAGAGUGGACGCGGAGAACCGCAUGCAGACCCUCAAGGAGGAACUGGAGUUCCAGAAGAACAUUUCCAAUGAGGGUCAGCGUGAGAUGCGGCGUAGGCACGAGUCUCGCCUGAUGGAAAUAGACAGCGGGCGCCAGCAAGAGUUUGACAUGAAGCUGUCUGAGGCCCUGACUGACCUGAGAGCACAGCACGAGGAGCAGGUCAGCAUCUACAAGCAAGAGAUCGAGAAGACCUACAACUCCAAGCUGGAGAAUGCUCGCCAGUCUGCGGACAGGAACAGCAGCAUGGUGGGCGCCGCCCACGAGGAGAUGCAACAGUUCCGUGUGCGAAUGGAGGGCAUGUCGUCCCAGCUCAGCCAGUUGCAGAAGCAGCUGGCGGCACGGGAGGCCAAGGUACGCGAGCUGGAGGAGUCGCUGAUGCGAGAGCGGGACGGGAUGCGCCGGCGCCUGGAGGACAAGGACCGGGAGAUGGCCGACAUGCGCAUGAGGAUGCAGCAGCAGCUGGACGAGUACCAGGAGCUGCUGGACAUCAAGCUGGCUCUGGACAUGGAGAUCAGCGCCUACAGGAAGCUGCUGGAAGGGGAGGAGGAGAGGCUGCGCCUCUCCCCCAGCCCUCCUCCCACCCGGGUCACGGUCACCCGCACCUCGGGCUCGGGCACGCACACCCGCGUGCUCAAGGCCGCCACCACGGCCAGCAGCAGCCGCAACUCCUCCGGGAGCGUCAGUGCCAAGAAGCGCCGCCUCAACGACAACGACAGUGAGACGUCCAGCCUGGCAGGGGCAGGGGCCGUUACACGCACGCGCAUCGCCCAGCAGGCCUCCGCCAGCGGCCGCGUCACAGUGGACGAGGUGGACCUGGAGGGGAAAUUCAUCCGCCUCAGCAACAAGGCCGACGAGGACCAGCUUCUGGGUCACUGGCAGGUGAAGAGACAGGUGGGCACCAGCAGCCCCAUUGUGUACAAGUUCCCUCCCAAGUUCACCCUCAAGGCCGGCCAAACCGUCACUAUCUGGUCAGCUACAGGUGGCGGGACCCAUAACCCCCCCUCAGACCUGGUGUGGAAGACCCAGAACACCUGGGGCAGUGGAGACCUGUUCCAGACCACCCUGAUCAGCGCCAAUGGAGAGGAGAUGGCCAUGAGAAAAGUAACACGCACCCUAUUCCAGGAAGAAGACGAUGACAUGGCGGCCCACAGCACGUGCGGUGUGGACAGCGAGUACAACCUGCGGAGUCGCACGGUGAUCUGCGACUCGUGCGGCCAAACGUCGGAUCGCGGUACCUCAUCGGGCGUGUCCAGUGGCUCCAUCUGCAGCAGUGGAGGAGGUCUGCCAGAGGGCCUCAUUGGACAAUCUUUUAUUGUUGGCAACAACCAACGCAGAAAGGGAGGUCGCCAACCGGAGAACUGCUCCAUAAUGUAGAACCAAACAGCAGCAGCACCUCACCUGAAGAAGAACCUCUCGGUCCACUUAUAGAAGAGACAGCAUUGUUUUGUACUUCUUACCUUUGUUUUCCUUUCAAUUUGCAUUUGUGUUAUAUAUAAUAUGAUCAACUAUAUAUCAUAUGCGACAAUUUGCAGUUAGUUUAGCUUCCAUACUUGUUUUGUGGAGCUGCAUGUAUCCAAUAAGACUUUUAUAUAUAUUAUAGCUUUUUUUGCAUGAGGGCCAGGCAAUUGCUUGUUGUGUAUAAGAGCCCAGUGUAUGCUAAGGAAAAGAGGCAUAGACAGCUCUUCUUCCUCUAGUAGACUUGGAUACGUGUCAAGGUUUUAAGUCUUGAAGUCUAAGCUGUCAACACAUGACACGCACAUAAACCCUGCCAUGACGUACGUUGUGAUUUAAUAUCAAACCAGUUGAAACCUAGGGUCAUAUCCCUGGUGUGCCCACAUUCAUGACCAUGAAUGUUCCGAAUGUCUUUUCCUUUUCAAUCGGAAGAAUUAGGGAGGGAGGCAAUAAUGUAUGCAACUGGGGAGGGAAACACGUCUGGUCAUUCUAGAGCUUUAGCCAAUGGAGCCAUUUAAAACAAAUCUAUAUUUUUUUUUUUUGGAGGGGGGGGGCUGUGAUAAGGAUCAUUAAGCCAUAUUUGCAUUGCAACAUAGAUACCAAUAUUACAUUUUUUGUACUUUAUGCUUGCUUUCAAGACAGUUUACUUUUGCAUUUGCCAAAAAAUACAUAUGUAGUUGAUAUUAGUUUCUAUACAGUAUCAUUUCUAGAGGAAUGAUUUAAUUACGUAUACAUUUGGAUUAAUAUUACUACAAAGAUAGAACAUCUGUUGAUUUGGGUGAAAUUAGAAUGGCCACGUCGUUUAUGCACCAGUUUUAUGGAUGAUAAAAAAUUACAUUGGUGCUUUUUCUUUCAAGAAAAUUGUACUUGUUCAAAUGUCCAAAAGAUGUAUUUUGCUAGUCCGAAAUUCACCAUGAUGUAUUUUGCUAGUCCGAAAUUCACCAUGAUUCACCAUCAUUUGUAAUUGACAAAUGAUGGUGCUUUGUUUCAUAGCAAAUGUACUCUAUUCACUUUAUAGAUUUUGGUUAAGUGCAUGGAUCUUCUAUCAGACCACGUCAGUGUCACAGAAGUUGAAUUAUUUUUUUAUGGUGGGAAAUGUGUAUACAAUUCUUAUUCAUUUUACAGAUGAAUCCUGGACAAUGCUGUAGUAUUGCAAUAGUUUAUUUUGGUUUUAACUUGCUUUGCUUGAUUUAGCUGACACUUUUUGGGGGUUUUGGUGGUGGGGUAUGAGGGAUACAUAUUUCUUUGGACUUUGUGUAUAUGCUGCAAUUUUCCACAGAUUUACCUGUUAUGCUCACUACUGUAGGUAAAUAUUUAGCAGCUUGACAUUGUUUGUACUCCAAAGUGACGCAUAUUGAAACUGAGAAUACUUGACAGACCUGUUACUUUAUUUAGGAUUUGUUUUGUAAAUCAUACAAGUUAAAACCAAAUAGCCUGUCUACAUCACUAUAUUUAACUGAUUGCAGGGCCAAAAUUAUAAUGUACUUGGAUGUAAAGUGAAUAUUGGAAAUGCUAUUUUACUGGUAUUAUUAGUGGUGCCAAAAAAACACGUUUUGUAUUUGUCUUCUAAGGCAUGAGAUUUAUACUUUUCUAGAUUAUUUGCAUAUUUGUACUAAUGUCUGCCAAACAUGUUGUUACAUGUUACAAGUUAUUCACAUUGUGUGCAGAAGAUUUAUGCAAAUGUUGUGCCUUAUAAAGGAUGGCAAUAUGCCUCUUUUCAACAUCAGAUAUUGUAAAACAUCAAAUAUUGUAAAGAUGGUCAAUGCCUGUGUAACUGCCUUAAUACAUUGCCAGUUUGUACAUUUGAGCAUAAUCAGUAUGCAGGCCUUAUGGCAGAUAAUUAUUAAUAAUAAUAAUUAAUGAAUAAUUAAUUAGUUUGAAGUAGGAUUCUAUCAAGAAAUUGGAUUUGAUGUUUGACAUGGAAUUGCUUUGCAAUCGAUCAACUGUACCAUUUUGUCAUUUCUGUUUACGGUCAUGCUAAGUAAAUGUAUUCUCCCAAUGACAGUUGUA